UUAAUGGGCCGGGUUGUCCCGUAUUACCGCAACGAACCAACGACCCUCUCCUCCCUUCCCCAUCCGCGCCGCCGCUGCCGCCGCGGCAGGCUUCCUAGGUUUACGAAAUCUGCCAUAGGAGUCCCCCGUUUCCAAUUAUUCAUACAGCAGAAGAAGGCUUAUGGUUAUUAGAUCUGCUGCCGGCGGGUAGGAGCCCGGUUUCGAUUCAUAUACAGCAGCAGCAGGCUUCCUAGGGUUACGAAAUUUGCUCCUGGCGGGAGUCCGGCUCCGAUUCAUACGGCCUCUCCCGAUUCCGUGAAAUCUUGUAUAAAUUCCCUCCCUCCUCGACAUAGUCUGCCUGAAUUCAGGGCGGUUCUCAAGAUGUCGACCGAGCAGCAGGCCGCCGUCACCAAGAAGCACAGCGGAAGCAGCAAGGGGAGGAGAGCCAAGUCCAAGAAAAAAAUAGCACAGGAUCCAUACGAUUCGGUGUACGGCCGCAUCCCCUGGGAUUUGUUCCGCGAGAGGCCAUGGAUGUACGCCGGAAAGCUCGAUGAAUCCAGGGUGGGCAAUUACGUGCUGCUCUUGGGCAGUGUCAUGCAGGUCCGGCCACUGGGCAAGACGAGGACCAUUGUGGUGCUGCUCAGCAACUCUAGAACGGUGCGCUGUAAGGUCGUCGCCAGUGCAGACAAGGGGGUGACCACGCGCAUGGUGCACUUUGCUGCCACCCUGCGCAAAGGAACCUACCUCGAUGUUGAGGGCGUCGUCUCCCCCCCUGGGAUGGACAAGGAUCUGCUGCCUGGCACAACACAACCGGUGGAGAUUCAAGUGAGGAAGCUCCAUACCAUCGCAACGAAUAAAGAUGGAAGUCCGCUUGAUGGGGUCACCACGGAUGAAGAGGAUGACAGUGUGGUUGAUGAUGAUGACACUGCAGUUGAUGGAGUCGUUGCCACAAUCGAAGAUAGCAGUCCGGUUCAUGGGGUCAACAUUGAUGGCGUCACCACGAUGGAAGAUAUCAGUCAGGUUGGUACGGCCACCACGGCGGAAGAUGGCAGUCUGGUUCAUGGGCUCGCCACCAUGGAAGAUGGCAGUCUGGUUGAUAGUGUCACCAUGAUGGAUGAUGACAGUCAAGUUGGUGGGGCAUCACAGAGUUCUUCCAUCAGCAUCCCCACAAGGCCUUCAAUCAUGCUUCCAGAGAACCCAGUUGGACGAGAAGGGGAGAGUCAGGUGAGGAAUCUCCAUACCAUCGGGAAGUAUGGCAGUCCGGUUGAUGCUGCUGCAGCGAUGGAAGAAUGCAAUCCGGUUGAUGAGCUAUCACAGACUUCUUCCAUCGGCAUCACCGCAAGGCAAAUCAUGCUGCCAGAGAACCUGGUGGGACGAAAGGGGGCGAUUCAGGUGAGGAAGGUCCAUACCAUCUCAACGACGCAAGAUGGCAGUACGAUUGAUGGGGCAUCGAAGAGUUCUUCCAUCAGCAUCACCACAAGGCCUUCAAUCGCGCUGGAGGAGAAUCUGGUCGGACGAGAGGGUGAACCUCGGUUGGUUGGACAAGCUGGAUGGGGCCUUGCUCAUGCUGAUGAAAGGCCAUCUUUGAAUUAUGACUAUGCCAAUCCCUUACCUGUGUGCCAUGCAAUCUUCCGCAUCCACUCUGAAGUUGAAUAUAAAAUCAUGGAAUUUUUGAGGUCAAAGCAUUUUGUUGGGAUACACACCCAUGGCAUAUUUGCUGGAUCAGUUGAAGGUGGGUUAGCUGUCGUCAAUCCAGAGGACAUCACUGGCCAACGAACUUUCUUAGCACAAUCUCCCUUGCUAUACAAGCAAAUGGCUACUUGUGAGGUUAAGCGUGUGUUUGAGAUUGGUCCCUUGUUCAGACAUGAGAAAUCAAACUGUAAAUUGCACAUCUGUGAUUUAGCUGCUGAAAUGGAGAUCAAGGACCAUUAUCUCGAGGUUUGUGAUAUUGUCAAUGCCUUGUUGGUAGAUUUGUUUAAGCAUUUAAAUGAGAAUUGCAAGAAAGAGCUUGAGGCAAUAAGUCAGAGGUAUCCUGCCGAGCCCCCAAAGUACCUAGAGGAAACCUUAAUGCUCAAAUAUGAUGAAGGAAUUCAGAUGUUGAAGGAAGCUGGAACAGAAGUAAAGCAUAUGACUGACCUUACCGGCAAACAUCAGCAAGAACUCUGCCAACUUGUUCGGGAGAAGUAUGGCACUGAUCUGUUCAUCCUUCAUCAACAUCCUUCGGCUGUAUGCCCUUUAUACACCAUGCCUUGUGUUGGAAACCCUGCCUACAGUAAUUCUUUUGAUGUCUUCUUUCGAGGUGAGCAGGUAAUUUCUGGAUCACAGAGAAUUCAUGAGCGUGGGUUUUUUGUGAUGCGGGCAGCUGAGUAUGGUAUUGAUAUUGAUCAUGUGUUGGAUAACUUUCGCUUCUGGAGGUAUGGUGUGCCCCCUCAUGGGGGAUUUCGUGCCUGCUUAUCUCGAGUGGUUAUGCUCUUCUGUGGGCUUGACCAUUUUUGAACAAGGCAUUGUCCGAUAUUUUCUGGAGUAAUGUUUGCUGGGAUGACAAAAUCAAGACGGAAUGAAGCCCUAGCAUGGUUAAUGUGGAUGAGUUGAAUACUUAUUGAAGAUACUUGCAUGAUGUAAUUAUAUAUGCUCCCUAAUUUAAUUAGCCCGAGUGGCCACUUGCAUAAUGCACAGAUGCGUAAUUUAUGCAGAAGAUUUUUAAUGCACUAAUUUGAUUAGUCCCUCAGCCUGGUGUAAUGGAAUUGGGUGUGAAAAUGUACGUCAUUUUGCGUUUUAUGAAUAGCUACCUUUGCUAA